AUGGAUACGCCCACCAAGACAGGCAGGUCACCACUGCACCUCCCAGAACUGCUUGAUCACAUCUUCUCCUUCCUCAGCGACUACACCAUCACCCACUUCGUCAUCCUCGUCUGCCGGCAAUGGCUCCACGUCGGACAACACCGCAUCGUACGAGAACAAGUCUGGGGAAACAGGCUAUCCAAAACGGAGCAGGACUUACUGCAAGCGAACAUGGGCAGAGUCGACCGACUGUGUUAUUACUAUCACAGCAUGUACGAUAGUCCUUACGUUCUCGAACAACUCUGGACCGCGCUUGGUGAACGGUCUCGCCAGCAUCGGUUCUUGGACUGGGAGCAGCGGAGGCUUCAACAGCGACAGCAACCCUCGACAAGUAAUGGGUACAUCAAGCCGUGGUUGACCCCGGAGGAGACUGAGGAUGAGGAUACAGCCAAGUUGCCGUUGAAGGAGUUGAGACUGCAAGGCUAUAUGGGUCUGUCCGGCUUGAGGUUGGUCUUCCAGGUAAUGGCGCACUUGACUUCCCUCGAGGUCAGCACUGUAUGCAUUGUACUAUCAAUGCUGGACGUCCUGGAGAGCUGUCCGCUCUUGCAGCGGCUAUAUGUCGAUUCUAUAACGACCACUAGCCGCGUGUUGCCGAGACCUUGGUUCUCGCCUAUGGGGAUCAACCCGCAGAAUGGUCAGAGACGGAAACGACCACCCUUGGCGUUGCGAUCGUUGGUUCUCAGGAAUGUCUCUGUGCCGCAGUCGUGUGUCGAAACGUUGAUUACUAUCACGCCUCAUCUUCGAGAGUUAGUUUUAGUCGUCAAGGAGUUUUUCCCGGAUGAUGAUGAUGAUGCCAUUGCUACCAGGACCGCUGACGGUCCAAGACGGAUCCGUGAGCUUGUGAGGUUGCACCACCCAGCAACCCUUUGCUCGUUCUUCUUUUCCCCUCCUCAUACCGCCCUCUCGACAGACACAAUCCAAGGCUGGAUCCAAGAUUCGCCUGCACCACACAUAAAUUUGGAUUGGACGAUUGAAGGGCCAAAAUUGACGCCCUCCAUCAUCACACACCUUACCGUCCAGGUGCCCAACACCAUCACCACUCUUCAUAUCUUGGGCAAAUGCCCAAUCCUCCACGACUACCUCUGCGCGUCCCCUCAUCUGCUCCACUUGAUGGCUCCCAAAUCUGCUAUCACCCUUGACGCCUUCGACAUUCACUUCCGCCAGACACAAGGUCGCCCUCCUCCUUCGGCCGCCUUAAGAUAUCAACAACAACAGCAGCAGCAACAGCAACAACAGUUCCCUAGAGUGUGGGCAUGUCGACGCCUCCAAACCCUCCACAUCGCAUUUCUCCCCAAAAAGGCAACCGCAUCCUCCUCCCGCCUUAUCUUUGGAUACAUCUCCCGCGUCUGCCCCAGACUUCAAGAUCUAGAGAUCCAUGGACCAGAAUACCUCACUCUACACGAGGAUGAAUGGCCGAACGAGGAGGAAGGGUCAGAUGGGCGACUCUGUGUGCGACUCGAGAGUGGACUCUGUCUGUUAUCGAGACUGGAAGAUUUGGAGCGGUUGGUAGUUGGGACUGUUCACCAUGACCGCUUUGUUCUGUUCGAGGAUGACGGUCACGACGAUGAUAUAUAUAAUGUUGGCGAGGAUGUAGAUCUGGCGGUCGACUUUGACUGGAUGGUACCUGCAGGUCAUUCUGUCGACCGAAAACACGCCCGCCAUGCAUGGAUCGAUAAGGAGGAUAUGAAGGGAGGAGGUGGCUGGGCAAAGAGGUUGGAGAUCGAAGAGUCAAAGGAGGCUGUUAGACGGCUGAACUACCAACAGUUCUUAGUUGACUAUGGAGUAGUUAUCAAGGUCCAACAGGGCGGAGCUUCUGCGAGCGAGAAGAUUGAUCUGGUGGAGAGUCUGGAGGACCUAGGUUUGUUGAGAGAUGUCAAGCAGGUGUUGGAGGAGAUGGAUAAUGCCGCCAAGCAGCAGGAGGGGGAUGAUGGCAGCUUUAGGUGCUGGCCGCACCUGCACAGAUUGUCCAUCUACUGCCCAAACAUUUUCGGUCUACAACCUGAAGCCGAGGUUGGACGGAUCUUGAAAGCAGACGACCUCAAAUGUGGGAGAGAUAGCGCGCGUGACCCCUGA